GACUGGACAACCUGGAUCAACCAGAUCCAAGCCCGCGCAGCAGUCUACAACAUCUGGAACAACCUCGAUCCAGAACAUCCAGUACCAUUUCUAGUAGAGCCAACGCUCCCAGAAGCUCCAGAACCAUCUGGAUACCAUGCAGCAGCCGGCGUCCAGGAGGCCUCUCGUCCUUCAGAGCUAUCAGCUCAGGGCCAGAAGGCUUACAAAGAAGACAUGGAAUAUUACAAGACACUUACUGAGAGAUACAAGCUCACCUAUCGCAAAUAUGAGAUUGAACAGAAGAGCAUCCAGCAUUUGACUGCGCUGAUACAAUCAACAGUAGCACCACAUCUACAACGCACCUGCUGCCUCCCUAGUCUGUCAAUUCACCAGUGGAUUACCAACCUUAAGGACACCACAGGUGUUGACGACAACCUAGAGAGCGAACGCGCACGAGCACGAUACCACGCUGCCCUCAAACCUCUUAUAAGACUAUCAGGAUGGGAUAUAUGGCUAGCAGAAUAUGACCAAGCUGCCACAGAAGCAGAGACAUACCGUGUGGCUGACGUUACUCAGAUCACGGCUGUCACACAAGACUUCCAAUCAGCUGUGCAGAAGGCAGCGCCUAUAUGGUCAGCGUUGUUUCAAGCAAUGCGCCAUGAAGCCAGUAUGACAAGGAAGGAGAUGAUGAAACGUUUCCGAGAAUACAUGAUGACAACUCAUCCCCUUAGGCCAAAGCAAAAUAAAGCUGCCUUUGUGAUAGAUGACGCUUCAUAUCUCGCUGAUGGUGGUGCAACCACCCAGGGCAAUGAGAGGGACGCUUCUAUUGCAGAAAACGCGCCAUCUAGACGAGGAAAACCUCGCAAUCAACCUGGCAAGAACCCCAGGAAGCGCGCACAAGAAGAUAGGCCUGCUCAAGGAGGAGCUAAGUGCCCUGCUUGUGAUCAACGCCACAGCAUCAAUGACUGCUGGUAUAUCAACACUGAACAAGCACCAGAUUGGUGGAAAGCAAACAAGCAUGUUGAAGCUCUUGUAGAGGUCAAGAAGAAGCAUGACACCACCUUAAUUGGCGCACUGAGAGGCCAGAGCCGAGCUCGCUCUCAAUCACUUCACAUCAAGAAGUCACACACACCAACUCCAAUAAUCCAAGAGCUAGAGGAAGAACAAUGA